UCAUUCUACAUAUGCUCUAUACAAUUGCAUUAAGCAUAUAAACAGUAAACUAUCCAUCUAAAGUGUCUUCUGAGUGCUUUUUUUUUAUUUCUAAAGUUCAUUGAUAUAAAUUUCAAUGGAUUCUGGCUAUGAUAUUUCGAGGGUACUGUUCAAUACCACUUCUUAUAGACUUGAUGCUUUCAAUGGGAUUUCAAGAGGUGGGUUUGCAUCAACAAAUUCUUUGGUUUUGGAUAGUGAGAAAGAAGAAGUAGUGAAGUCCCCUCCAAAUCAAAUGAAUGGAGAGAAAAAGAUUUGUGAUGCUAACAAAAGUUUGGUGGCUUUGAAGAGUCAUAGGGAAGCUGAGAGGAGAAGAAGAAACAGAAUCAAUGGUCAUCUUGCAAAACUUCGAGGACUUGUCUCAUGUUCUACAAAGAUGGACAAAGCAACCUUACUAGCAGAGGUUAUAAGGCAAGUGAAGGAACUGAAAAAGAAUGCAGAUCAAGAAAGCAAAGGUUACCUAAUCCCAAAAGAUAGCAAUGAAGUGAAAGUUGAAAUUGAGCCAUGUGAAAGAGGAGGAGUAGAUGGCUCAAUUCUUUACAAAGCAUCAAUCUGCUGUGAUUAUGGACCAGAGCUUCUAUCUGAUCUAAAGCAAACUCUUGAUACACUUCAACUGGAUUUGGUAAGGGCAGAAUUGUCAACUUUGGGAGACAGGGUUAAGAAUGAAUUUGUUUACACAUGUUGUAAAGUGGAUAUUUAUGAUGUUGGGUUAUGUCAAGUUAUUGCAAGUAAUGUUCAUCAUGCACUUAGUUCUGUUUUGGAGAAGGCUUCUGCUUCAAUGGAUUAUGAAAUAAGACUACCACCGCGUCCUUGCCUUCGGCUGCAAAAUGUGACAUCUACUUUGUCAUGCAACCAUGAAUUUUGUUCAUGUUGAUGCCUAACAUUUUGUUUAGGUUGAUAUUUUUUCGGAUUUGUCGUUUAACUUUUUUUUCAUGAGUUAUAUGACUUAUGAAUGAAGCUUCAAAGUUUUUUGUUUUGAAACAUGUUGUUGUCUUUACAAUUAUGCAGCAAAUUAUUCAAAGGUGAACUAUCCUUUUUUUUUUUCUCAUAAGCUUUCGAUUGGUUUAAUGGAAUACAUAAUAUGUAUUUCUUUAUUAGAUAAAAUUGACCUACAAGAUGCACCAUUGUUCCAUUGCUCUAGGUACUGCCGUCAAAAUGGGUUAGUCUAUAUGGGUCGGUCCGUCAAAUCCGAAAAAUCAUAGGACUUGAGCUUUAAAAUUAGAGUCCAUAUUUUUAGGGCCUUUUUAGUCCAGUUUUAAAAAACCCACUACCCAUUAGGGUUAGCCCAUAUGGACCGUGGAUAGUCUAUUAGGUCCGCAUAAUUAUAAAUUUAUAUAUUAAUAUUUAUAUUAUCUUACUCCAAAACAACAUAUUGAUUUUUCUCGUUUCACUAAAUUUUAUCUCUAUUUUAUUCCAUCUUUCUCUUUUAAAUAUUAUACAUUAAUAUAAUCAACAUUUUUCAUCGUAUUAUAUUAGUUUUCUUUUAUAAUAAAUAUUCAAGUAUGAUUUUAUACAAUUUAGACAUAUAUUGUAUUUAGAAACACAUUAUAGUAUUUAUAAGAGAUAAUAUAGUACUUAAAAAUGUAUCAUGUUUAAAAUAACAUAAUUUUUAAUUUUAUUUAUAAUAUAUAUUAUGGAGUUUUUAUUUUAAUUUUUUAAAAUAAAAAAUCCCAUUUAGAGUUGGGUAGCCCGAAGCUCAUCUAGGGCCGGGCUCGGGUAGUAAAUCCCGAGCCUAUAUUACACAUGGCUUUUUUGGUCCAGCCUUUAAAAGUCCAGGGUCCGCCUGUUUUAGGCCGGGUAGACCAUUUUGACAGCUCUAGCUCUAGGGGUAGAAUACCCGAAUUUGUUUUUCUUUUUUUGAAAAUUUUAUCUAGUACGUACUUUAAUUAUACUUGACACCCUAUAUAUUUUCAUAAUAUUGAAAAUGUCUUUCUAAUUUUUUUUUUA